AUGGUGGACAUUUCUCAAUUUGCGGAGUCAGUUCUACAAUUAUGGCGAUCCCCCGAUCCAACUCUUUACCAUCAUGAUGGUAUGAAUUUGGACGCAUAUCCUUCACAUUUCGAUGUUGACUUCUUCGAGACAGAGGGAGAGGAAUCCAUGAAUGCAGAGGAACAGUACAAAGAUGCAGGGACAUGUUACUCUCAAGAUGGCCUGACGUUCUUGAAUCUUUUUGACGCGGACGAGCAUGCAGAAUAUAGAAAGGAUAAUUUAUUCUAUCCUUUUGCAUCAAAAGAGGAAUGGGAAAUCACUGAUUUUCUUCUUCGUUCUCCCCUUAUGAGUGCUCUUCACGAAUGCUGGCGCUUUGAGAUCUUACAGACUCACAACUUUGGAGCAUUUUCUCCUUCUCGCAAUUCUCAAGUCUCUUAUCCUUCUCGUAUUUCUUAA